ACUGUGUAGAAAAUUUCAUCACGAUCCGACUCUCCUUUCGAAAGUUAUCGGAUAAACGGACGGACGGACGGACGGACACACUGACCGAUUUUAGUAGUGUACUCACUUUUUGAGUACACAAAAAGAUAAAAUGAAACGAAUUUCGAAUCUAAGUGAUGAUGAACAUAUUGCAUUACAAGAAUUAAAAAUGAAUAAAAAUAUAGUAAUAUUACGUGUUGAUAAGGGCAACGCUGUUGUAGUGAUGGACAAGUUAGAUUAUAUAAGAAAAGUUAAUAAAUUAUUGCAAGAUCCAAAAAAAUUUUGCAUUGUCUCGAAUGAUGAAUCUAUAAAUGAUGAAAAUCAAAUUAAUAAUAAAUUAAAAAGAUUAUUACAAAAUAAGAAAAUAAAUAAAAAAGAUUAUGAUAAAAUAUUUCACAUCUGGUAGUACAGUUCCAUUUCUUCAUUGUACAGUUAAAGUACAUAAAAAGAAUUUUCCAUUACGACCAAUUAUUGCUAUGUAUAAUGCACCUAAUUAUAAAUUAUCAACAUACUUAGCGAAUAUGUUAAAAUAUUGUAAAAAUGAUAAUUAAUCAUAUGUAAAAAAUUUAUUCGAUUUUGUUAAAUUAAUUAAAAAAACAUCAAUAAAUAAUAAUGAGUUAAUGAUGAGUUUUGAUAUAGAAUCACUAUAUUCUAACAUACCAGUUACUGAAGCAAUAAACAUAGCUGUUGAAUUAAUUUGGAACAAAAAUAAAACUUUAAAAUUCACUAAAAUUACAAAAAAUGAAUUAUAUAUUCUAUUUAAUUUAUCUUUAAGAAAUUUACAUUUUCGAUUUUAUAAUAAGUAUUUUCGUCAAAUAGAAGGUGUUUCAAUGGGUUCACCAGUUGCCCCUAUUGUUGCUGAUCUAUUCAUAUCUAACUUAGAAGAAAAAUAUAUUUUAACAAAUAAAGAAUUAAAAAUUAAAACUUGGGUACGUUAG